AUGGCCGUGGCCGCGGACCCCAGCGUGGAGGAGGCGGCCAAGCUCAGGGCAGUGCGCACCGAGGCCCCGGGCCCGGCGCGCGGCGAGGGGGCCGAGGCGAGGCUUGCGCUCGGCCGCGGAGCAGAGCUGCUGCGCAGUGGUGCCGCGGAGCUCGUGGCGCUCCUGGGCGGCGACGCCCUGGCCGAGAGGUGGAGCGGAACUGGCGGACUUCCGACGCCGCCUCGGCCCUCGUCCGGCGCCCUCGGGCGGGCGCCGGGGGGCCUUGCUGAAGUCAGGAGCCGGCUCGAACAGCACGCUGAGGUGCCAGCAGAGAUGCAGGUAGAGUGCUCCACGGACGCCGGCGAUGCGGACGGCUUCCAGUGCGAGACCGUUGGUGGCGAUGGCGUGAAGUUGAAGAAGGUUGAAUUCGAAGACGCCUUCACUGCGAAGUACGGCCUCAUGAACUAUUGCUUCACCAUCCGCAGCACCAUGCAGGGUGAGAAGCUGCUGAACAAGUUCACUUUCGGAAGCAGGGAGAAGACCGAGAAGGCGGUGCAGCACACCCUGACCUGGCUGGAAUCGUCCACGGGUUCGGACGUCGCAGGCUACAAGGGCAAGAACAAGGAGCUGGAGGACGCCGUCAACUCGUCUCUCCCCAAGGCCUUCGGACACGACUCCAGCAAGGAUGAGAAGCUGAGGGGCCAGUUCGUGGACGGUAAGUCUAGACAGUUGACCCUGGACUGGCUGGAUACACCCAAGCUCAAUGUGGUUGCGAGCUCGAAGGGCAAGCAUCAUGAGCGUGAGGACAUCGUCAACCCCUUCCUCCUCAAGGGCUACGGCUCGGACUUCCACGAGGGCGCCUUUCACGCGAAGCACGGCGUCGUGCACCCGUGCUUCACCAUGCGCCACUCUCUGCAGGAGGCGAAGCUGCAGAACAAGUUCGGCGAGAGGGACAAGGAUGGCACCGAGAAAGUGGCGAAGGAGGCUCCCGCGGCGGCGGCGGAGCUCAGCGACGAGCUCGGGCAGCAGCUGGCCGACGGCGAGAGCGAGCUCGUGGCGGAGAGGCCGCGCGCAGCCGAGCCGGAGCGAGCCUUGCAGCGUGGGUGCCAGGGCAAGGCUGAGCUGACGGCCAGGGCCAGGCAAGCCAAGGCGGCUUCCGUGCUCCAGGAGCUCAUCGAGGGCCCAGGCAAGCGCGACUCGUUCUCGGCCUGCGCGCCGUGCAACCGCCCCGGGGCCAAGCUGAGCGACCUCACCCACUUGUUGCUGCGGGUGUCGCAGAUGCUGACGCACCUGCCGCUGCAAAGAUAG